UUGGAGUAAGUCCAGCACUUUAAAAACAAACCUCAAUGCCCUAAAUGAACCAGUUCUCUAAAUAGAGUAAACGCUUUCCAUUUCGGUUCAGUGUAAAGACCCCUACCACCUCCCCUCCUCUCCCCCUGCCCACCCCAAUAGCAAGUUGGCCCAGGGACGCUACGUUCUGGCUCGGCAUCUUCCCCUGGAGCCCUCCUCACCAGCUAGGCAGCCGCCCACCAGCACAAAGCCGCUCCUUUGUCUGCAAACCGUAGAGCUUGCCGCCACCCCCUCUUCAGCCGCGCCCGCCACGUCCACCUCUCUGCCCCUCUAGCCGUGAGUGCUCUCAGCCAAUCAGGCCUCCGAGCUCGGGGCCUGGCCUGGGGUGUUGUCCGCACCUUGCCGACUGAUUGGCUGUGACUUCCCCUCCCUGCCGGGCCUGGCGAGGAAGACUGGGGGAAGCUCUGCGCCCGGGCUCGCUUUCUCCUAGUUGAGAAUCGGAGUGAGGCACAAGCAGAACCAGGGGUACCGUAGGCUGGGCUGGACAGGGCAGGGCAGGGCAGGGCAGAGCUGGGCGCGUGGGGCAGGGCUGAGGCCCCAGGAAAAAGCGAGUGGUGCUCGCUGUUGCUGCUGCUGUCGCUGUUGGAACAGCGGAGGGAGUGCCCAGCUCUGCAGAGCACAAGGAAGGAGCGAGUGAGGCUCCGUCUGGGGCAGGGGGGAGGGCGGGCUCGAGGUUUCGGCGGCGCAUCUCCCGUCCCCCGGCCUUUGGCGAGCCCCGCACCCAGAACUGGGAGGGUGGGGCGGGCGGAUCGGGGAUCCGCGGGUGGGAGGCAGCCUGGGGGGCGUCGCGAAGGAGAAGGAGAGGAGAGACCGCGCUGCACCUGGCACCGGGAGAGAGGCCGGCGAUGGCGCUCGACUUCUUGGCAGGAUGCGUUGGGGGUGCUGCAGGUGUGCUGGUGGGGCAUCCUUUUGACACCGUCAAGGUCCGCCUCCAGGUUCAGAGUGUAGAGAAACCUCUCUACCGUGGGACUUUCCACUGCUUUCAGUCAAUUAUCAAGCAAGAAAGUGUAUUUGGCCUGUAUAAAGGCAUCGGGUCCCCCAUGAUGGGCCUGACUUUUAUCAACGCCCUGGUGUUUGGGGUGCAAGGCAACACGAUCCGGGCCCUGGGGAAGGACACCCCCAUGAACCAGUUCUUGGCCGGGUCUGCCGCCGGCGCGAUUCAGUGUGUGAUCUGCUGCCCCAUGGAACUGGCCAAGACUCGGAUGCAGCUUCAGGGCACAGGCGAGUACAAACUGAAAGCGCGGACCUACAAAAACUCCCUGGACUGCCUGGCCAAGAUCUACCAGCAGGAGGGGCUGCGGGGCAUUAACAAGGGCAUGGUGUCCACCCUGAUCCGGGAGACGCCCAGCUUCGGCUUCUACUUCCUGACCUACGACUGCCUGACGCGCUCCCUGGGCUGCGAGCCCGAGGACAGCUUUGUGGUGCCCAAGCUGCUGUUGGCAGGCGGCAUGUCGGGCAUCGUGUCCUGGAUCUCCACCUACCCGGUGGAUGUCAUUAAGUCCCGGCUCCAAGCAGACGGUGUGCACGGCGUCCAGCAGUACAGCGGGAUUCUCGACUGCGUGCGCAAGAGCUACCAGGUGGAGGGCUGGAGGGUGUUCACGCGGGGCCUCACGUCCACGCUGCUGCGGGCCUUCCCAGUCAACGCGGCCACCUUCGCCACCGUCACAGUCUUCCUCAUGUACAUGAGGUCCGAGGAAGUGAUGACAGAGUGUGAGGCGGCCCUGCCCCAGCCUUCCAGCCUGUAAAUGCUCCGCUCCUCAAGCCAGGCUGUCUCCGGUUCCGGUCCGUUUUAAUGUGCCUCUCUCCCCCCUCCAGCGCUGGACUUUGCCCUGCAGUAUUUUUGUAAAUUCCUGUCUUUGUAGAAAACUAUGUAAACAAACUUCCGGGUCUGUGUCCGCGGCUUGGCCCGGGUACCAUCUUGUUUUCUGGGGAGCUUGGGGAGCUCGGGCCUCCCUCCCUUUGUUCCUGGGGAAUGGAGCCAAGCCAAAGCGCCUCGAAUGCCAGCAUUCUGAUCCUAGGGCACUCUUGAGUUAAUUCUUUGUCCCCUGAUGCCAGCGGCAUUCUGACAGGUUCCAGCCUGGAUUUUAAUCAGCCCAACCUUCUUUCCAGGGGGCUCUAAUUGACAUUUUUGAAGAGCUUGGACCUUGUCACAUUUUACUUUCUUAUUUUGGGCCUAUUUGGCAGUCAGGCCUGGGUUUGAAUAAUGUCACCCUCUGCUCCUUAAUACCAGUGUGACCUUGGGCGUGCUUUUAUUAUGAAAGGAGGAUGUUGGAUUUGGUGGUCCCAAUCGUAGUUUUAGGAUUUAAAAACAAGGUGUGUUGUGAGCUUCCUGCUCUUCCUAGCCCAGAGAGUAAAUCUUGGCUCUCAAGUCAUUUCUCUGGUGUAGCUGGGCCAGCAAGCAUUUCAUUUGGGAGCCAUGCUGCAGCCGGGAGCACAAGCAGACAGGCCUCAUCACCACUGAGCAAGAUGGCGCCCUUUCCUACCCUUCCUCAGGAACAGAAAGUCUACUUGUGAUAUUUCACAGAUAAAGAAGUCAACUCACAUUUCUAUCAUGUUAAACUCAGGAAAAGGAGAACUAAUGGAGAUAGAUGAGGGGGAACCCUCACCCCCAGGCCCCUCCCCUGCACUGGGCACUUUGGCCAUCACUCACAGUUGUGGUUCUGACCUGUUGGGAAGAGGAUGUUAUCAAGUGUGGGCUCUAGGAAUCCUUGUAUUUAUUGCUAUCACGGUGGCAUUCUCGUUUUUGAGGACCUAAGCCUUGUUCAUGCAAAUACUUUAAUAUAGUGGGACUGAGCUCCAGAUUUAAUAGAGAAUUGAGGCCAUUCGUUGUGUCUUUCCUGGGAAGCAAAGAAAUGGAUCUUCCUUGAAGACGGGUGUAGGGGACCUGGGACAUGCUUAGGGAGUACAGAGAAUGGGUCCUUUUAAAAUUGUAUUUAAAAAAAUAUUUAAGUAAGAGCAUUUUGCAUUGUUAGAAAUUAUACUGGAGAUACCUACUCUUUGAAUCCAAACAUUUGGUAGGAGGAGGCAGAGAAGAGUAUUAUGGCCAUUUGUAGGCUCCCACCGAGGUUCACACUGAAUGUGAAGUGUGUUAUCUAAAGUUUAUGUAUACAAGCCAAUGAUAUCUUUGUAAGAUAUUCUGUAAUUAAUGUACAUAGACUCAAUAAAAAUUUUUUUUAAAAUCAAGACUUACAAAAAAGUUUAUUGAUGCCUUUUU